AUGGUUGGUUUGGCAGAAGUGACACAAUCUAAUAGAUCUUCUACUCGUGGAAUAGGAUCUCCUGAUUUCUUAUUGACAAAGAAGAAAGGUGAUGCCAUGGGAAACUUUGAUAGACAAAUUAUCCUUUCUGAGUUCAACUGCUAA